CUGGUGGUGUGUGAUGUGGAUGAAGAUCUGGUGAAGAAGCUGAGGGAGUUCCGUUUCCGGAAGGAGACCAAUAAUGCUGCUAUCGUUAUGAAAAUUGAUAAAGACAAGCAGCUCGUUAUUCUCGAUGAGGAACAUGAGGGCACUUCUUUGAUUGUGUGUAAAGUCAGUUUAAGGAAGUGCAAGCUUUCCUUAGCGCCUGGAACGUUCGUCGUCUACAGCUACAAGUACCAGCACGACGACGGCCGCGUGUCUUAUCCUCUCUGUUUCAUCUUCUCCAGCCCAGUUGGUUGCAGACCGGAGCAGCAGAUGAUGUAUGCGGGCAGCAAAAACAAGCUGGUGCAAACUGUCGAACUGACCAAGGUGUUUGAGAUCAGGAACACAGAGGACCUGACAGAAGAGUGGCUCAGAGAGAAACUGGGGUUCUUCCGUUAA